GCUUUCAUCUAUGAAGACGAGGAGCAGACCCGCUCACUUCCUCCCAACCCCUUCAAUGAGCUAACAGAGAAGGUUCUGGAAGAAUACAAGAGCAUCAUAGAAAAAAAGAAGCAAGGCCAAGAAGAGGAUGAUGAUGCCACUGAUGCUGACGAGAUGACCACAUUUGACGGCUCCACUAUCUCCCUCUCCCUCUCUCCUAUCAUGACACCAGUGAAACAAGCAGCAGACUCGAUACCCAAUGGGAAGGACCACUUGUCAGAGCUGGAGGAAGAUCUGAGCAUCGACGUAUCCAAGCUGAGCGUGAGCACUUCAGAAACUGAGCUCUCCAUAACAACAAAGGAGAAGACGGAGGAGCCUCAGACCCCGGAGAGCCAAACCAAGUCCCCCAAGAAAAAGAAAAACAAGUUCCGCACACCUUCGUUCUUAAAGAAGAGCAAGAAAAAGAAGGAGGAGAAGGAUAAAACAGAAGCUUGAGUGCAUUUUCAGUCGAAGCAAGGAGCAUUUUGUGGGGAAUAAAAAUACUAAGAAACUUUCUAAAGUUUGCUUAGAGAGCAUUUAUACAAGUCCUGCAAAUCUCCCUAUUUACAACUAUUAAUGCAAGUUCUUUGAAGAUGGCGGUAAUGUGCGCAGCUUUGUUCUGAUCAUUUGGGAUUGACCAAUGGGAGCUCAUUAUAGAUCAAAAACUAAUGGCACAACUGCAUUUCUGUUUUUAUUUUGUUUUUUCCCAACUUUUUAAUGGGAUUUAACGAGAGAACGCGCAGCAUUUUCACACAGACACAUCAGAUUGGACCAUACAUGUUUGUGAUUUUUAUUAUUAUUAUUAAUAUUAUUGCACAAGUUGUUGAAUGUAUACCCAGAUCUAGGAUUUUUUUUAAUCAUGUUUAGUAAUAACACUAAUUUGAGUGGAUGGAAAAUAUAUAUUAUAUGAUGUUUAGCUUCAUAAAAAUAGGAUUUGUAUGUGAACAUUAUCACAGUUAUACUUGUGAUAUAUAUAUAUACAUAUAUAUAGUAGUCCCUCGCUACUUCACUGUUUGUUUUUCGUGGACUAACUCUAUCGCGGUUUUUCAAAUUAAGAUUAGACAUGACACACUGAUUGAUGGAUG